AGCAGUGGGAUUCUCUGAACACCACGGUUGUCUUUUCCUAACUCCUUCUGAAGUCUCCUUCUCAUCUUUCCUUGACCUCAUGACGUUUUCCAUCGAGUUCAUGGAAAAGUGGUUAAGAAAAGACGUUAGGAUGUCAGUUUUUGACUUUUCGAACGCAGCCCUGCUGGACCCGGAACUCAAAUUCUCUCACGACUGGUGACGUUCUGAGCACUGAUUGGCUGAACCGGUGAAGUGAGUGGCUCUGUCUAGCUAAUAGUCUUUGGACAUUUCUACAUCCAGGCGGCUGUGUAGAGCUACAUGGUGUAGAGCAGCUCAGAGGAGCAGUUAGUGAAAUUGUAGAUAAUCUAAUCUGUCCGGUUAACGAGCAGCAGUCAACCCGGAAUCACCGACUGGAGGAAGCUGCCAGCCUGAAGAAUGGCUCAGGGGACAGCAGACACGUUGAUGAUGAACACCACUCUGAUAAAAGACUUGGCAGAUGUGGCAAAAGAUGUAGCACUUCAGCAGGGUGUCCUGAUGAGGGUCGAGGAGAGCUCCAACUCAUCAGAGCUGGUGACCUACGCCCCGUUCACACUCUUCCCCACACCUGUCCCUAAGGCUGUGUUCCUCCAGGCUCUGGCAGUGCAAACACACUACAACACACUGGUGGACAAGAUCAGCCGGGACCCAGACUUUCUGGAAGAGGCUCUAGCUAGCACCAUUGAAGUGGAUGAUUUCACUGCCAGGUUGUUCAGGAUCCACCAACAGAUCCUGAAAGAAGGAAGGUCUCAGUCUGUUGCGUUGGGUCUCAAUCGGUCCGACUACAUGCUGGACCAGGGAGAGGACGGCUCCUCGUCUCUGAAGCAGAUAGAAAUCAACACCAUUGCUGCCAGUUUCGGAGGUCUCUCCUCACACACGCCUGAUGUACACCGACACAUCCUUAAAGUGGCUGGGAAACUGGAGGAGAGCCAGCGGAUCCUAGACAACAACCCUGCAGCUGGUCUGGCCAGGGCUGUUGCCAAAGCCUGGGAGCUCUAUGGAUCAGAGAGAGCAGUCAUCAUGUUCUUGGUGGAAGAGAGCCAAAGAAACAUCUUUGAUCAGCGAUACAUUGAGAGCGAACUGUGGAAGAGAAACAUUCCCACAAUAAGAAAGCGGUUUGAAGAUGUUAAUAAAACUGGGUCCCUGGAUCAGGACAAGAGGCUGUUUGUUGAUGGCCAAGAGGUUGCAGUGGUGUACUUCAGGAAUGGCUACAUGCCUCAGAACUACAUUUCUGAACAGGCUUGGGAUGCUCGUCUCCUGAUGGAGCGCUCUCUGGCUGUGAAAUGUCCAGAUAUCAGCACUCACCUGGCCGGAACCAAGAAGGUCCAGCAGGUGCUCUCCAGACCUGGAGUUCUGGAGAGGUUCUUCCCAGACCAGCCCCAAGUAGUGGAGCAGAUCAGAGCAACAUUCGCUGGCCUCUACACUCUAGACAUGGGACCAGAGGGGGACAAAACGGUAGCUAUGGCUUUGGCAGCACCAGACCGGUUUGUCCUGAAGCCUCAGCGAGAAGGAGGAGGUAACAACAUCUAUGGAUCAGAGAUCUGCCGGGUCCUGCAGGGAAAAGAGAGGAUGGCCUAUAUUCUGAUGGAUAAAAUCCGUCCCACCCCCACACAGAACUACCUGCUGAGACGAGACGGCCCUCUCACCAUCAGUAACUGUCUCAGUGAACUGGGAGUGUUUGGAGCAUAUGUCAGACAAGGAGAAGACAUGGUGAUGAACGAGUGUGUGGGUCAUCUGCUGAGGACUAAGAGUUCAGAGCACUCAGACGGAGGCGUAGCAGCAGGAGUGGCAGUGCUGGACAAUCCCCUCCUCGUCUGACAAUUUACUCUCUCAACAACACAAAUACACAAAUGGACAACGAUAAAAUGAGGGAUGCACUCUUGAGUCACACUGUUACUGUGACUGCUAGUGCAUGUAGAUGAUGCUGAGCAAAUGUAUGUCCCACAGGCAACCUACUGAAGACAGACCAGACAGAAAAACUAUCAGUGUUGACUCAAGAAGAAGCCUCCGUUCCUCCAUGAUUCCUCCUGACCUCUCUUCUAGAGAAUAGAAGUCUAAUUUUGAAAUCAACACUUUCUACUUUCAUUUCAAAAUAAAAGCCUUCAAGCGUU